AUGCAGAAGCUUGAAUUUCUAUUGCUGCUAUUCCUAGCUAUCUGCCACACCACUUUUUCAAUCCGAGAUGGUUUACUUCCCAAUGGUGAUUUUGAGCUUGGCCCUGAACCAUCACAAAUGAAGGGCACAGAAGUCAUAGCUCGCAAUGCCAUACCCAAAUGGUCCAUUUCUGGGUUCGUUGAAUACAUAAAAGCAGGCCAGAAACAAGGCGACAUGCUUCUCCUUGUGCCUGAGGGAUAUACUGCGGUUAGGCUUGGGAAUGAAGCUUCCAUCAAGCAGAAAGUGAAGCUUGUGAAGGGAAUGUUCUAUGCCAUAACUUUUAGUGCAGGUCGGACAUGUGCACAAGAGGAGAAGAUCAAUGUGACAGUGAUACCCACAAGUGAGAAGAGCGACUGGGGUGUGUUUCCCAUCCAGACAGUUUAUAGCAGCAAGGGCUGGGAUGCUUAUUCAUGUGGGUUCAGAGCAGAUUAUCCAGAAGCGGAGAUUGUGAUCCAUAAUCCUGGUUUGGAGGAAGAUCCUGCUUGUGGACCCAUCAUUGACUCUGUUGCCAUCAAGGCCUUGUACCCCUCUAGAAGAACAAAAGAUAAUUUGCUGAAAAAUGGAAACUUUGAGGAAGGACCAUAUGUGUUCCCAAAGACAGAUGGUGGGGUUCUGCUUCCACCUAACAUCGAGGAUGCUCACAGUCCAUUACCAGGAUGGAUGAUAGAGUCUCUCAAAGCUGUGAAGUACAUUGACUCUGAUCACUUCUCUGUGCCCAAGGGCAAAAGAGCCAUUGAACUUGUUGCAGGCAGAGAGAGCGCCAUUUCACAAACUGUCAGAACUCAAAGUGGCAAGACUUAUGAUCUGUCAUUUGCUGUGGGUGAUGCAAACAACUCUUGUGAAGGUUCCAUGUCUGUGGAGGCAUUUGCAGGCAAAGAAACUGUGAAGGUUUCUUAUGCUUCUAAAGGCAAAGGAGGGUUCACAAGAGGGAAGCUUCGAUUCAAGGCAGUGUCCUCUCGCACUCGCAUUACCUUCUUUAGCACGUUUUACAGCAUGAAGACUGAUGGCUCCCUCUGUGGACCUGUUUUAGAUGAUGCUAGAUUAGUUGGUGUUCGUUAUUUUAAGCAUCCUUGAUUGGUUUGAUUGUAAAUUACGAGUUUGUGCAUUGCGAAGACAGAUCCAUCACAUCACCAAAUUCAAAUUUGUAAGCCAUUUGUAACUUCAAAAGUUGAUU